UGACACUAUCUGAAGAAACUGCUGAAGAAUACAAAGAAGGGAUAUGCCAGAAAUCAAUAAAAUGGGAGCAGCUGACAAUAUUUAUAAGGGAAGAAGCACUUUCAUGGAAGAGCUUUCUGAGGCCUCUGAAAUCUUGUUCAAAGCAUCUUCACACUCACUUGUUAUCCUUGAUGAGCUUGGUCGUGGGACAAGCACUCAUGAUGGCAUUGCCAUUGCAUAUGCCACUCUAGAGUAUUUCAUCAAACAAGUGAAAUCUCUAACACUUUUUGUGACUCAUUAUCCUUUGCUAUGUGAACUGGAAAAGCAGUACCCUAAAAAUGUUAGCAACUUUCACAUGGCUUUCCUGUUAAAUGAACCGGAGAGUAAAGACCAAGAGACAUCAGAUGAUCUGCAGCCAGAGUUUAUCACUUUCCUCUAUUUGCUAACAAGGGGAGCAGCUGCAAGAAGUUAUGGGCUCAAUGUAGCCAAAUUAGCUGGGAUCCCAGAUAAAAUACUUCAGACUGCUGCCUUCAAAUCAAAAGAACUGGAGAACUCAAUAAAUUCAAAAAGAAAUCUACAGAAAUCCCUAACUGAAGUUUGGAGAAUUGAUGACAGAGAAGGCUUAAAGGACUGGCUUCUUUCCAAUUCAUUGUUCACUUCUGUAUUCUCCAAUCCCCACACACCAUAAACUUACACAAUUUGUGUGAUUGCAGAUCAGCCAUAAUGACAGCCUUUUUGUAACAGUUGAAAUUAUAUAAUGUUGUGCAGAAAAAAUAAUGACCUUUUCAAUCUUUGGAGUAUUGAUCUUCAGCUUUUGAACUAACCAUUUGCUGUGUCAGGAUUAUUACUGGUCUUUUUAAAAUGUUUUUGCUGCAAUUAAAAAAAUCUAUAACAGUAUACUGUAAAGAAUUCACUGAGAGUCACUUUACAGUAUGCUGUUUACCUGCCAAUAGUUUUUCCUGAUCUUGGAUGUUGGACACUGUUUUUUAAGCGAUUAAAACUUGAAAUCAAUGUUUUAAAUCAAUGCAAAAGACCUGGGAAGCUUUUUGCAGACUGUCAAAUUAGAGUAAGUGAAAAUGGGUAAUACGAAAUGUCAUAAUUGUAAGUAAAUAAACACAUACAUGCUGAAAUAAAGUUAUUGAAUUUACAGUAUGUAUUUAUUUUUGUAUUAAUUGGGAAAAAAAGUCUUAAAAUGGCAAGUGAACAAUGAAGAAACAGCAAGCAGCAUUAUUUUUUAAAUCCAGUUAACAGUGAGAAACAAUAAUUUGAAUUGAAAACUUGUUUGCAUGCAUUUUAAACCAAAGUACCUUAGCUAUAUUUAGUCUAACCAUUUUCAGCCUCAAUGUUUUAUUUAUUUCUUGCAAUUUAUUUGUCAUUUAUUAAUUUCUUGAAAUCAUUAACUGUUUUUGUUACGGGGAGGUUCAGUGGCUAGCAAUGCUGUGUCACAGAUCCAGCAUCCUGGGUUCAAAUCAUGCGUCCAGUUGUUUGAGAGGACUUUGCUCACAGGAGCUGGUGGCAGUAUUUCAUCUACCUACCCUAAGAUGUAUGUUUAGGCGGAUUAGUGACUGUAUAUUGGCUACAAUAGAAAUGUGUGUUAGCAAUUGUGGGACUUUAUUUUGAAUUAAGUGCAUUUGACAGUGUAUUUGUGUUUGUUUGCAUGAGUAGAACUUUCAAAUUUUUAUCAUCACCCAUAUAAUAAAAUCCAAGAUUUGAACUGAAUAUCUUGUGAGCAGUCUCGUUCCCCAGACAAGUCACCUCCGGAUUUCUUCCUUUGGGGAGCAGUGUACAAGAACAAGCCUCAUACACUGGAACAAUUACAGCAAAACACUGAACAUGAAAUUGCUGCUAUCACCCCUACAUUAGAAUCUUCCUAUAUAAUAAUAGAAGUGUGGACACAGAAGUCAUAGUAAAGCAAAUUAUAA